AAAAGGCAUGCCAAACAUAUUGUAUGAGGGACUAAGAAGCAGUAAUGAAGCAAAAAUAUAUCUGUAUGCGCUAGCAAAGAAAGGGACAUAUUGUGUUAGGUCACCAAAUAUACUUUGCUCAGAAUCGUUUUUCAGCACGAUGCAAGAGAUGGACCCUUGGGGUCAAGGUAUUUUGACAGCAAGUGGCGUUGAGAAGCAGAUAUCAGACUUCACAACCAUAACUGCAAUGAAAAUGAUGGACAACCGGCGAGUAUGACACAGAGGUUUUGUUAUGUAGAACAUUACAUGUUUAAUUAAGGGAAACAACACUUUUGUUAAAUAUUCAAUUAAAAUUUCAAAAUCAAGAUAACUCGCUUCGAUUAAAGUAGUUAAUUUGUUAGUUUGAGUGUACAUUAUGCUAUAUAUCUUAACAUAGUUGUUUUCCCACUUCCGCUUCAGAAGCAUUUGCCUCUGUCUGUGUCAACGUCUAAGACCAAUUUUGUUAACAAAAGAUACGGCGAAAUAAGAUUAAUCCUCAUCAUGCUGGACACGAUUAAUUCUGCCUUUGCCACUAGUGUAGAUCAUGAUCAGCCUGCACAUUCAUGCAGUCUGAUCAAGGUCUGCACUGUUCGCCAUUCAGUCAGUAUCUUUUUGGUAAGCACCCCUUUUAACAGUUAAUGGUACUGUCCAAACUGAAAGAUGGACAAGUUUAUUAGGGUAAGGGUUAAGAAAUUGCCUUUUGCAGACGGACAGUAAUACUAGUUAUAUCCUGCACACAAUCUGUCAACAAAUCUGCGCUAAUAAUCACAGCAUCUUGAUUUGUUUCCUUUCAAUGUUUUUUGCCUCACUGAAUUACAACCAUCACACUUUCUACUGUUGUUAACUUAUAUGUUCUUUUUCACAGACGAUGACAGAGAUGACAAUGACCUUUGCAAAAGGAGACUGUAAUUCUCUAUUUGUUUUAUUUGUGAAAACUGUUUUCAUUUCGGACCGUUUCACAUACGCACAAAAAGAGAUGCAGCUUACCCUGUUCCAUCCACUGAAAACACAAUACUGGUGUCAGAUGAUAGUAUACAGACAUGCAAAUGUAGGGCAAACAAGUUCAUUUCAUGCAUCGUUCCAAAGUACCGGGAUCACUUUUUCGAUACAGAAGCCAGAGCAAGGCUCGUUCGACAGGAGAAACCAUACAAGUUCUCUGACAUUAACCACCCUCAGGGAGGAGAACGGCCAAUCAGAGCCCAGUACGGUUAUAAAAUCAACGAAUCGAAAGUGUUGCCAUCUAAACGAUUGGGACUAAAAUUAAACAUGUUCUAAGUUACUUGUGCUAUGUAUAGGAACUGCCAUGUAUAGGGAACUUUGUUAAACAAGUUAAAGCAUAGCAAAAGUUCCUUCUAGCUAGGGCACAUCUAUAUAAAUAUAAAAUGAUCAUCUUGUAAAAUUUUGGUUGCAAU